AUGACUUCGACGAUAGAAAGACCGAUAUGGGAUGAUGUGGACGAAGCUAUGGUGGACGAAGUUAUGCGCAUGUCUACUGAAGAACUGACAAGUAGAGCAAGACUGCUUGAUUCUGAAAUUCGUUUCAUGCAGUCUGAGUUGAAACACGUCAAUCAUGAAAUAAACACGAAACAGACAAAAGUUAAGGAUAGUAAAAGCAAGAUAAAAAUGAACAAGGCACUUCCCUACUUAGUGGCAACCGUCGUCGAAUUGCUAGAUGUAGAACCUCAGGAAGAUGAGAUAGAAGAGGGAGCAAACGUUGACCUUGAUUCUCAGCGUAAGGGAAAAUGUGCAGUUAUCAAAACAAGUACUAGGCAAACCUACUUCCUCCCGGUCAUUGGUCUCGUACCUCCCGAAGAUUUAAAACCUGGCGACUUAGUUGGAGUACAUAAAGACUCAUACUUGAUUCUUGAAAAACUUCCGCCAGAAUUCGACUCUCGAGUAAAGGCUAUGGAGGUUGAUGAACGUCCAACCGAGAGAUAUAGUGACAUUGGUGGGCUUGAUAAACAGAUACAGGAAUUGAUUGAAGCUGUUGUUCUCCCUAUGACGCAUCGUGAUCGCUUCGAGGCACUUGGUAUUCAGCCACCAAAGGGAGUCUUAUUGUAUGGUCCACCAGGUACAGGAAAAACACUUCUGGCCCGUGCAUGUGCAGCUCAGACGAAAUCCACGUUUCUUAAACUUGCUGGUCCUCAGUUAGUGCAAAUGUUCAUUGGAGACGGAGCCAAACUGGUCAGGGAUGCCUUCCAAUUGGCCAAGGAAAAAGCUCCAGCGAUUAUUUUCAUUGACGAGCUCGACGCCAUCGGAACAAAGCGUUUCAAUAGUGAAAAAGCUGGCGAUCGCGAGGUACAGCGAACAAUGUUAGAACUUCUCAAUCAACUGGAUGGUUUCCAACCAAAUCAUGACAUCAAGGUGAUUGCGGCUACAAAUAGAGUAGAUAUAUUAGACCCAGCGCUGUUACGAAGUGGUAGAGUUGACCGGAAAAUCGAGUUUCCUGCACCAAACGAAGAAGCACGUGCCCGCAUUAUGCAGAUUCACUCUCGCAAGAUGAAUGUACAAAAAGAUGUCAAUUUUGAAGAAUUAGCUCGCUGUACAGAUGACUUUAAUGGAGCUCAGUGUAAAGCUGUGUGUGUGGAAGCCGGUAUGAUUGCGUUGCGUCGAAGUGCGUCUGAAGUAACACACGAAGAUUACAUGGAUGCCAUUUUGGAAGUUCAAGCUAAGAAGCGCACUAAUCUAAAUUACUAUGCCUAA